AUGGAAGGCAUUUAUGGAUUAGUGCAAUAUGAUCUAACACCAUUUAGAGGUCCAUUAGCCAAUGCAUUUCUAGUGUUAUUAAACGCCUUAUUUUUCAAAAUCAAGCUUAUAGGCGUGCAUGAUGUAUACCCAAAGGAUCAUAGUGAAUUUUUAUUAGAAGAUUAUGAUGACGUAUUCGAUUUCGUUAUCGUUGGCGCUGGAUCUGCCGGGUGCUCAUUAGCAAACAGGCUCACUGAAGAUGGCAAAUGGAGUGUUCUUUUGCUAGAAGCUGGAGAUUACCCUUCGGUAACAACAACAGUACCAGCUUUCCAUAAAACUCUUGUUGGUUCUGCUGAAGACUGGAGCUUUCGUCUGGAAAAAGACGAGCAUGCGUGUAAUUCCUUUGAAAAUCAAGUUUGUACUAUUAGCAGAGGAAAAGUCUUGGGUGGAACGAGUUCAAUAAAUGAUCUAAUUUACACUAGAGGAGCUACAUUUGAUUAUGAUAAAGGCGAUUAUCCAGCAUGGGGAUCCAAUAUAAGCUACGCUAUCUUAACAAAACUAGAAAAAUAUGAAGAACCCGGCGAUUUUUAUGGCCGUGAAGGUCUUAUACAUUUGGAAUAUUCAAACUUCACGGACACACCAAAAGAGUUGCUCACCAUGACAUAUGAGUCGCUUGGCUACAAUCGGAUGCUGCCUAAUCGUAACAUCGGUUUCGAAGAGCAUCUAGUCACGAGAUAUCGUGGGGAACGAUUUAACAUGGCCAGGAAUUUUUUAACGCCAAUAAAGAACCGUCCGAAUUUUUAUUUUUCCAAGAAUUCGGAAGUUUUUGCUGUUGGGCUUACAGAACCUGUUGACAAACGAGCAAUUGGUGUUAAUGCUUCAAUCAGAGGUGAAAAUCUGUUCAUCAAAGCCAAAAAAGAAGUUAUUUUAACUGCAGGUGCUAUAAAUAAUGCUAAAAUAUUGUUACUUAGUGGCAUCGGACCUAGAGACUAUUUAGAAUCAAAGGGCAUUAAACCGUAUGUAGAUAUUAAAAAUGUAGGAAAAAAUCUUCACUUUCAUUUGGUAGUACCCUUAUACGUUGCCUUGGAUCCCUGCUGCAAUACAUGCAAUCGAGAAUUUUCUACAGAAGACGACCUUGUCAGAGAUACCUUCAAUUAUAUCCUCUACAGGCAAGGUAAUUUUAGCCACACAAGUCUCAACGAAUUCACUGCCUAUGUGGCUCCAAACUUAGAAAAAGCCUAUGUCCCAACAGUAGCUAUUAGUCACCAGUACUUUAAAAUUAACGACAGAUAUUUAGAGCCUUGGAUAGACAGUAUAAAAUACGAUCCAAAAAUUAUACAGUCCUUGGUGAAGCACAACAAAGAAAGGGCUAUUAUUGUAUUCCUUGUGAAGCUUCUUCAUCCUAAGUCAAGGGGAGAGCUGUAUUUAAACGAUACGUAUCAUAUGGGAAACCCCACAAUUAUUCCGAAAUUUAUGUCUGAUCCUGCUAAUGAAGAUUACAGGGUGCUUUUAUCAGGUUUUGAUUUCGUGACGAAUUUGACCGACUCGAUGAGAGAAGAACAGGCAGAAUUUUUGGACCUGAACAUUCCCAACUGUAGAAACUAUAGAUUUUGCACACCUGCAUACGUCAAAUGCUACAUUCAAAAUAUGGCUUAUCCUAAUAAUGAUGUUACAAGUAGCACUUUUAUGGGACCUGAAUGUGACGAGACAGCUGUUGUUAAAGAAGAUUUGGAAGUACAUGGAGUGAGAUGCCUUAGAGUAGCAGAUACCAGUACCAUGAAUAAUAUACCUAUAGGAAACACUAUAGCGACAGAUGCAAUUAUUGGAUUCAAGAUGGGUGAGAUUCUACAGGAGAAGUGGGACAAGGAUUUUCAAUCAGUCUACAAACCGCAGCCAUAUGAUAUGCCGUAA